UCACCUUCAGGGCCUCGGGCGAUCCCCUGCUCCCCGGCUGCUGGGAUCCCCGGAGGCUGGACUCGGCCGCCUCUUCCCCACAGUGGCGACACCUCCUGCCCUGGGGCGGGGGUGGCGGCUGCUAAACUGGGCAUCACGCAGGCUCAGGAACUCUGCCCCCCACCAGGGCUCAGGUGUCCCACACCAUGCGGUCACACGCGCCCGGGUCCGCCCCUUCCUGGGCGCCCUGGGAGCUGCGGUUCCCAGGGCGACAGUCAACACAGGCAGGAGCUCCCCACGCCCCGGGGCUAAGACGUUUCCCAGCCUGGAGGCUUGGGCUCUCCUCGGCCACUCUGAGCUCGGGGCGCACGGGGACGGAGGAGGACCCCUGUCAAGCCCUCCAGGACUGAACGGGAGGAAGGACCUCCGGCAGCGCGCCCAUGGGGACCCGCCCCACCCCCGGGCUCCAGAGAACCACAUCCGCGGGCUACCGACUGCCCACCACCGGGCGGCCGGCCUCAGUCUCCCCGGCUGCCCGAGGUGGCCCUGCGGCCGGCAGGGGUCCCGCUGGUGGCGGCCAGGCCCCGCGGGAGGCCCAGGGCGUGCAGCGGGACCAGCUGUGGCGGGAGCUGGUGGAGGCCGAGGGGCGCGGCCGGCGGCGCUGGGCUGAGAACUGGAGUUUCCUGAAAGACUAUGACCCGAUGGGCAAUAGGAAGGAGCCUGAGAAGCUGCCGGACUCCGUGCCCCUCUUCUCGGACACACUCCCCAAUUCCACAAACCAGGUUGUGGGCAGCAGGGUGGACACGCCCCUGGGGAGGACCCUCAUCCGCAUGGACUUCUCUUUCACCGAAGGAGUUAGGAAGAAGAAGCUGGAGGACGAGCUGCAGCCGGCCUAGGAGCGACUCCGGCCUCCGCAGCCCACAGGUUCGCAUGUCACUGGGGCUCAGCUGACCUUGGCUGCAAGCUUCCACUGCAAACAAAUUUUGCCUACAUAUGUUCCAUUCUCUUGGAUCCAGAGCCUCCUGCAGCAGUCUUCUCGUAGCCCACCACCACAGGGCCGGGACCCCUCUGAACCACAGGAUGCUCGGUGGCCUCUGCACGUAGAGCAUGUGUCUGCACUCUGCGGCCAGUCUGUGUGGCCCUGGAGAUGCUCAUGACCAGCCGCACUCCCGCUGAUCCCUGCCCCACCCGCCUUCUUUUCAAGAGGACAUCUGCACUUGACCUUCCCCACCCCUGAGCCACCCACCAGAACCAAGGGAACUGGGACCAGGUUCUGACCCAGUGUCUUGCUUUGUUCCGGAGGCUGGCUGGGCUGGGAGGCCUCAUGGCCCCAGGUAUAGCAAGAGCAAAAGGGGCAUUGUCAACAGAGAGAUGUGUGGGUGUCUCAGAGCCAAGGACUGGGCAGCGGCAGGGAUCUGGAAGGGACAGGAAGCAGGAGCCAAAGAGCCAUUGUGAAGCCCGGAAGGAUUCUUCCUUCCCUUCUGAUCAUUGCUUCUCUGAGCACCUCGGCCUCAUUCUGCUCUCUGGCAGACCCAGCAUCUCCGCUUUCACAUGAUAUAAAACAAAACCACCACCAUCCAAGUAAGCCAGGAGCACCUUCCUGUGUUAGGAAAUAAGGCAGUGUUCAAACUCGAUGAGGAACACAAAAGGGACAGAAGAACCAAUCUGAAGGGGAUCCCACGGGACAUAUUUGGGACAACAAAUAUGGAAAAUGAAGGACAAUAAAACCCAUACCCACCAGGCAAGAUGGCGCACACCUGUAAUCCCACCUACUCCAGAGGCCGAGGCAGGAGGAUCACAAGUUUGAGGCCAGCCUGGGCAACUUAGACCCUGUCUCAAAAUAAAAUAUAGAAAGGGCUAGGGUGUAGCUCAGUGGCGAGGCACUUGCCUGGCAUCAUGCAUGAGACCCAAGGUCCAAGCCCCAGGAACAAAAGAAAAAGAAGAGGGCUGGGGAUAUGGCUCAAGCGGUAGCGCGCUCGCCUGGCAUGCGUGCGGCCCGGGUUCGAUCCUCAGCACCACAAACCAACAGAGAUGUUGUGUCUG